AUACUUUGUGGGCUUGGUUCCUUCCCUGACUGGUUUCAUCUUAGAUGUCCAAGAAUUGCAGAACGAAAAUGGUGAUAUCAGAAAUCAAAGGAAUCAUGAACAGCCUUUCUGUAUGGAUGGAAAGGAAGAAGAAGACAGAAAUGAACAUAAAUAAACCCAAAAUUGAAAGGAUCAAACAAAACUUGGAAACUCAUUUCUGGGAUUUAAAUCAUUCGCACCCGGGAAUUCUGGGAGGGAGUCAAUGGGUUGCGCAUCCUCUACCGUCAGAAGCCGGUGGAGUGCAGUUGCGAUUUGCCGAGAAAGUGAGAGGUGCUGGCACUGGGCUGGUUUCGGUGGUAAUUUGAAGAUGGGUCGAGAGAGUGGUGGUUGGCAGGUGGUGCAUUUUAAUUCCGUAGUAGUGAUUUGUUGUUUGUUCAUUGUUUACCCAAUCUACUGUAUAUUUUUUGGCAAAUGCUCCAUAUUUUAGAAGUUGGUGCAUUGCUCAAGAACAAAGAAACUCGUAGCCAAAUAGUCCAGUCUGUUCUCGAGCUCCCAACUUGUUGUUUUAUAUAAUUAUGUGUCAAAGAAUUAAUGGUGGCAACUUGAGUAUGAAAUAAAUUAAGCACAUGGAUGAAAAAUUCAAGUCAGCAAGUCAAGGUUUCAGCUAAGGAUCUCUUGAACUUGAAGAUCACCCACCUUAUUUCAUGCAUUUUGCUGUUGAAUACAUGUGUGGAACAUUA